AUGACCACCGCGAUGGAAGAAAAAGAACUCCAGGAGAGACUGAGGGAAGCCGCCGCUCUGGGGGAUGUUGAAGAAGUUGAGCGGCUGGUGGGAUUUGGAGUGAAUGUGAACUCCCAGAAUGAAAUCAAUGGCUGGACUUGCUUGCAUUGGGCAUGCAAACGCAACCACGCUCAAGUGGUAUCAUACCUUCUCAGUGCUGGCGCCGAUAAGGAAAUUCUCACAGUUAAAGAAGAAAGACCAGCCCACUUGACAUCCAAGAGGGAAAUCAAGGAGAUGCUGGGAGCAGAAGACGCUGAUGAACUGCUGAAUGUGAAGAAAGACUCCGCCUUGCCCAUUCUCCCUAAUUAUUUGGCUAACCCGCCUUUCCCUUAUGUGUAUAACUCCAUGAGCAGCAGCACUACCAGCAUCUCCUCUUCCUCUUUGAAUGGGACACUUUCCCCUUCUUCAGAACAGCACAACGAGGAUUGUCCCGUGUCUUUACCUCAAGUCCAGGCGCCUGGCACUGCCGUGUUACAACACGAGAAGUCUUCUCCUGCUGGGUCUGAGGGGGACUUGUCUAGAGCUUCCCCUGCAGAAUGCCCAGAGCCUGUAGUCCAGAAUGGUCACGUUCCCCAAAUUCCUGUUCCUCCAAGUAGGACUCUCUCUGCUCCAGCUGCACCCAAACAGCCUGAAGCUCAGCCACAGAAUGGUUGUUGUGCCAGACCUGUUCCAGCGUUUCAGCCCUUUUUCUUCACUGGAACGUUUCCCUUCAGUAGCAUGCAAGAACUGGUGCUUAAGGUCAGAAUUCAAAACCGUACUCUUACAGAGAAUGACUUCAUUGAGAUUGAACUGGACCGACAGGAACUGACUUACAAUGAACUGCUCCGAGUGAGCUGCUGCGAACUGGGGGUGAAUCCAGAACACGUGGAGAAAAUUAGGAAGCUUCCCAAUACAGUAUUAAGGAAGGACAAAGACAUCGCAAGACUUCAGGACUUCCAAGAACUGGAGCUGGUUCUAAUGAUGAGCGAGAACAACAACUUUCUGUUCAGAAACGGUGCCCCGACGUUGACGGAAAGGCCUUGCUAUAAUAAGAAAGCAUCCAAGCUGACUUACUAAGUGUUUAAAUGAAAAACCUGUCACUAGUAUUGAACUGAUAAACCUAGGAUUUUGUAAGGGCUAAUAACCUCAAAUUCUA